GUCUAAGUCAACAUAAACAUGAGAUAACAAUAUAAAUAAAUGUAUAAAAAUCAACGCACCGUAAAUUCAAUAUCAGUUGAUGCGGCGAUAUGGCUUUCAACGGUUUCGUUUUGCUGCUAACCGUGAUAUUCUAUAUCACAGUGUGCGUAUCAAGUUCUAAAUUUGAUAAUGAUGGUCCAAUAGUCCAAACACCCAACGGUAAAAUUCAAGGUGUCCUCAAAAAAGAACAACAUGCCACCUAUAUGCAAUUUAUGGGUAUUCCUUACGCUAAACCCCCAAUUGGUAAACGUCGUUUUGCUCCUCCUAAACCCAUGACACCUUGGACUGGAACCUGGGUGGCAAACACAACUUAUAUGUGUAUUCAGGUUGAUCAUUAUGACGUCCCUCAAGAAGGUCUUACCACCGGCGAUGAAAAUUGUUUGUUUUUGAAUGUAUUCACUCCUGGAAAUCAAAUCAACCCAGAUGCUAAUUUGGAUGUGAUUGUUCACAUUCAUGGAGGUGGUUUUAUGUUUGGUAGCUCUAAUGGUUACUCCAAACCGAAACCUUUCAUGAACCAAAAUAUUGUCUUUGUCACUCUUAAUUAUCGCCUUGGAAUUUUCGGUUUCAUGAGUUUGGAAGAUAAAUAUCUACCGGGAAAUAACGGAAUGAAGGAUCAAGUCAUGGCGUUGAAGUGGGUCCAAGAUAAUAUUAAGUUCUUUGGAGGUAAUCCUAACUCGGUAACUAUUACUGGAUUAUCCGCUGGUGGAGCCAGUGUUCAUUUCCAUGUGCUAUCACCAUUGUCAAAGGGAUUGUUCCAUAAAGCAAUUUCUGCUAGUGGAAACGUUUUGGAUCCGUGGCCAAUUCAUGAAGCUCCCAGACAGAAAGCCAAACAAGUCGGAAAGGCAGUUGGAUGUUUAUAUGAAGAAAGCAAAGAGUUCCUUACAUGCCUAAGAACUAGAUCCGCAUCACAAAUUGUAGAAGUUACCAAAAAGUUUAGAGAUUGGUUAUAUCUGCCAUUUUCUCCAUUUGGACUUGUUGUUGAUAGUCAUUCAAAUGAACCAUUUUUACCUGCGCACCCUUACAAACUUCUUGAUGAAGGGAAAAUCAAUGAUGUACCAUGGUUAGCUUCGUUGACUACUGGUGAAGGGUUAUAUCCAGUUGCUCAAUUGGCUGCACGAAAAGAUUAUUUCGAUGAAUUUGCCAAUAAUUUUGAAAAAUACCUUCCUUUAUUAUUACAUUAUGAAAUGACAGUGCCAAAAUCAAAAUUAGAUGAUGUUACAAUGAAAAUUAAGAAAGAAUAUUUCAAAGAUGAAAAAAUUAGCAAAACAACUUACACGGAAAUUAUCAAAAUGGCUUCCGAUCGUCUCUUUAACGUUGGAAUGGAACAAUCUAUCCGAAUGCAUUCUAAAGCAAUCAAAUCACCAAUUUACUUUUAUUUGUAUGAUUAUACACCAGAGGAAAUUUGGAGUUUUGCGGAAUUCUUAUUCGGAUACAAAGAAAAAUAUGGUGUGUCCCAUGGUGAUGAUAUCUUAAUGAUGAUGGAAGCCCCAAGAAAACCAACUAAAAACGACGCUGCCAUUACGAAAUUAUUAAUGGACACGUGGGUAUCUUUCGCUAAAAAUGGCAAACCUAGUCGUUCUGACUGGACGCCACUUUUUGAAAAAUCAAAGGAUUCUCUCGAUUACUUAUACAUCGGUAAUCCAGAUAAUAUUGAAAUGAGGAAGACAAAUGAUUUUGGUAAUAAAGCAUUUUGGAAUGCGUUGCCUAUCAUCGAGAAUGCGAAACUUUUCAAACGUGAAGCAAAAGUAGAAUUGAUAUUGCAAUUAUUUGUGUAUGCUUCAAGUUCAAAGUUUGAUUAUGAAGGUCCAAUAGUACAUACAGAAAAUGGUAAAAUUCAAGGUUUCGUACAGAAACACCCAGAUGCAACUUAUGUGCAAUUCCUUGGUAUUCCCUAUGCCCAGCCUCCAAUCGGAAAACGUCGGUUUUCCCCACCAAAACCAAUAAAACCAUGGCCUGGUACGUGGAUCGCCAACUCAACUUAUACCUGUAUCCAAGUGGAUCAUUAUGACGAACCUAAUGAGGGUCUCACAAAAGGAUCUGAAGAUUGUUUAUAUCUUCAUGUUUACACUCCUGGAGAUGAAAUAAAACCAGAUGCAAAUCUUGACGUUUUGGUUCAUAUCCAUGGAGGUGGAUUCAUGUUUGGCAGUGCACAUUUAUAUGCGAAACCAAAAUUAUUCAUCAAAAAGAAUGUUGUGGUGGUAACACUAAACUAUCGUGUUGGAAUAUUAGGUUUCCUGAGUUUGGAAGACAAGUAUCUUCCGGGAAACAAUGGAAUGAAAGAUCAAGUCAUGGCUUUGAGGUGGAUUAAAGAUAAUAUUCAGUUAUUUGGAGGUAACCCUAACUCAGUUACCAUUAGUGGGUUGUCCGCGGGUGGGGCCAGCGUUCACUAUCAUUUGUUAUCACCAAUGUCUAAAGGAUUAUUCAAUAACGCUAUUUCUGCCAGUGGUAAUGUUUUGGAUCCCUGGACAAUUCAUGAAGCUCCAAGGCAGAAAGCAAAACAAGUUGGAAAAGCUGUGGGUUGUUUGUAUGAAGACAGUAAAGAGUUUCUAGAUUGUUUAAGGAGGAGAUCUGCAUCGGAAAUUGUUGAAGUUACAAAACUAUUUAGAGAUUGGAUAUAUUUACCGUUUUCUCCAUUUGGACUUGUGGUGGAUAGUGCUUCUGAGGAACCGUUUUUACCCGCACAUCCAUAUAAACUACUUGAAGAAGGAAAGGUUCAGGAUAUACCAUGGUUGGCGUCGUUAACAACCGGGGAAGGGUUAUAUCCUGUUUCACAGUUGCCUGUGCGAAAAGACUACUUUGAUCAGCUGUCGAAUAAUUUAGAAAAAUUUCUACCGCCUAUGCUGCACUAUGAGAUGUCCGUGCCACACACAAAAAUAAAUGAAGUAACAAUGAAAAUAAAGCAGGAAUAUCUCAAAGAUGCGAAAUGCAACCUGGAGUCUUUCACACAAAUUAUCAAGAUGGCUUCUGAUCGUCUUUUUAACGUUGGAAUGGAACAAUCUAUCCGAAUGCAUUCAAAAGCAAUCAAAUCCCCAGUUUACUUUUAUUUAUACGACUACACCGCUGAAGAUAUUUGGACUAUUCCUGAACUUCUUUUCGGUUAUAAGGAGAAAUAUGGUGUUUCCCAUGGAGAUGAUAUGCUGAUGAUCUUUGAUCCGCCAAUGAAACCGUCUAAACGUGACGAGAUUAUUACCGAGUUGUUGGUCGAUUCGUGGGUAGCAUUCGCAAGAACUGGAAAGCCAAGUAGGUCGGACUGGACGCCAAUCUCUGGCGAUUCAUUGGAUUACUUAUACAUCGGUAAUCCAGAAAACAUCGAAAUGAGAAAAACUGACGAUUUGGGUAAUAAAGAUUUCUGGAAACAGCUACCUAUUAUCGAAAACGAAAAGCUUAUCAAGAAAGAUGGAAAAGAUGAAUUAUAAAUAUGAAACAUAAAUAACUUAUGGUGAAAAUCUUUUUUUUGUAUUUUCAUAAAGAGAAUUUUCCUUCCUAUUAUUUAUUAUAGUCGAGUGUACGUCAUCUUGAUUUAAAACACUACCUAAAUAUAUUGAUUGGAGAAGCGCGGUGUACGCGUAGUUCUGUACUUCAUCCAUA